CUGACGUUUACGGAAGGUUGUCGUGCGUUUGGCCUGACAGCACAGCUGCUGUUUCAGUGUGGGAUUAUUUCACUCUAAUUUAUACAUGAAUAUUAAAUUCAAUAAAUAGGAGAAGUCAUGGCAGCCGAUUGGGAGGAAAUCAGGCGUCUAGCUGCGGACUUUCAGAGAGCUCAGUUUGCAGACACUGUGCAAAGGUUGUCUGAAAGGAACUGCAUUGAGAUAGUGGCCAAGCUGGUGGAGGAUAAGAAGCUAGAUGUGGUCCACACUCUGGAUGGGAAGGAAUAUGUGACCCCAGCGCAGAUCAGCCGAGAAAUGCGAGAUGAACUCUACACGCAUGGAGGGAGGAUUAAUGUUGUGGAUCUUCAAAAGAUCAUCAAUGUUGAUUUGGUCCACGUGGAGAGCCGAGCAAGUGAAAUCGCCAAAUCAUACAAAGGCACGCAGCUAAUACUGGGUCAACUGAUAGACCAACAAUACUUGGAUCGCCUUGCUGAGGAGGUGAAUGAUAAACUACAGGAGGCCGGACAGGUGAACAUUUCAGAGCUUUGCAAAAUAUAUGAUCUACCUGGGGAUUUUCUUACUGAGGAGCUGAAUAGGAGGCUAGGGAGAGUGAUCCAAGGACAGAUUGAUCAGCACAACAGAGGAGUAAUCUUUACACAAGCUUUCCUCUCCAGACACAAAGCUCGCAUAUGUGGCUUGUUCAGUGCCAUCACAAGGCCUACGCAGAUCAGCAACUUGAUACAUCUGUACGGUUUUCAGGAGAAUCUGUUGUACUCGGUGCUUGAGGAACUGGUGAACUGCGGCCGUUUGAAGUGCUCAGUGGUUGGAGGCAGGCAGGAUAAAGCCAUUUACAUUCCUGACAUCUACUCCAAUACCCAGAGCUCUUGGGUUGAGUCCUUCCUCAAACAGAAUGGAUAUUUAGAGUUUGAGGCGCUGACACGUUUGGGGAUACCUGAUCCAGUCAGUUACAUAAAGAAGCGCUUUAAAUCCCACAAGUUGCUUUUUCUCAAAUCCGUGUGUGUUGGCAAAGCCAUUUUAGAUCAGUUGGAGGCUUCAGUGGAGGAGGCCAUCAACUCAGCCGCUUGGGUCGACCUACAGCCGAUGCUGCCUAGCAGUCUGUCUGAGGAGGAUAUAGGAAUUCUGUUGAACGAGGUGAUGAGGUCGAUGAACAUGCAGUCCAGCGCAAGGCUUCUCUCCACUGUCGUAGUCAGCGAAAAGUUCAUCAGCGGAUGCCUCGCUUUAUUUGAUGACAUCAUGCAGAAAAAAGCACAGAAGGAAUUAAAGAAUAAUCCUGUUUUCCUCAUAACGGAGGAGGAUAUUAAACAGACAUCUUUGUUGCUGGAGACCUCUUCCUUUUCAAAGAAAGACAGAAGAGACGAGCGCCGGAAGAAGGCUGCAGAGGGCAGCGGGAGUGUGAAAGGAGGCGGAGGUGGAAAUGCCAGAGAGAUCCGAAUCCGCAAAACAAAGAAGAAGGGCAGGAAGGAUGAAGACAGCGAUGAUGAGACAACGCAUGCCUCUCAGGGUCGAAAUAAGCCAGCAGAGGUGCCCUUCCUGUCAGUGGAGGAGAUCAUGGAGGUGCUGGAGGAGAAGGUGUGUGACAGCUCUGAAGAGAUGCUACAGGAACUUGCAGAGCAGAUAAUAAGACCAUUGAGUAAGACAUACCAGGAAGUGGUUCGAACAACUUUCAUGUCCUCUAGUUCGACCGUAGCAGGGGGGAGUCGAAAGAAAAACAUGAAGGACCUUCAAGAGGAAAUAACCAACUUGUACAACAACAUCCGCCUCUUUGAGAAAGGAACCAAACACUUCUCAGAUGAGACCCAGGCUAACAUUGCCAGGCACAUUUUGAAGACUGUGUGUACAGAUGUGACCAAUGUUCUGCUGAGCUUUGUGGCGGCUGAGCACAUGUCCACAGACAACACAGCUGCCAUCACUAGUGAGGUGAGGCUGAAGAUUUUGGCAAAGCUCUCGGAUGAGGUUAAAUCUCCUCUCAUGAAGUUACACAGCAGUCUCAAUGGAAAAAGCAUUGAAGACUUUUUGUCAUGUUUGGAGACGAGUGCAGAAGAGUGUGGGCUCCUUCUGAAGAAAGGUGAUAAAAAAAGAGAAAGGCAGGCUCUCUUUGUGCACCGUCAGGCCCUGUUGGAGCAGCUGAGAGAUGCAGAGGACCCAGCGCUUGUGUUGCACCUGACCAGCGUCUUGCUUUUCCAGAGUGCCACUCACUGCAUGCUGCAUGCACCUGGGCGCUGUGUGCCACACAUCAUAGGCAGUCUACAGAGCAAGAUACCAGAGGACCAGCACAGGCUGCUGUCUCAGUACCAGGGUCUGGUGGUGAAGCAGCUGGUCGGACAGGGUCAUGGCCAGGAGAAGAAGAGUGAUCUGGGGGAGGCAGCCGGAGACAGCGCUGCCCUUACAGAUGACAUGGAGGGCCUUCAGAAAGAGCUGCACUGCCUCACCAGGGACAUUAAAGACCUUGUCCUUACUCAGAGAAAACCAUCCAUCACAGAGUAACACAGUUUAUGUGUCCUGACCAGUUUUUGGUAACAUUACUUUUAAAAGUAACUCGUUAGAGUAUUGCAUUACUCUUUAAAAAAAGUAACUUAAUUAAAAAGUAAUUUUUUAAUGGAAAGUAAAGCAUUACUUUACUUUUGUGUUACUUUUGCAUUACUUUUUCUCUCAGCCACUUUCUCUUCUGCUAUGAUAUGCAUCGCAUACAAGAGACAUUACAGGUCAUGCUAGCUACUGUACAACACUCGUGUCCAAACAACAUAGUAAACAAACAGAUAUUUAGAAAGUAGGUCUGCAUGUCAUAUUUAUAAUAAAGAGUCAAUAACAUGAAUAUGCAUGAUUUGUUUUUCCAUCAGCAUGGCAGCCAGUAUGAAUAAUGAAGAAUAAUCACUGUCUUACCUAAAGCAGCAAAGUCCAACACUUGAACCCGCAUAAUAUCUGUCAUCGUGUGAUGUCAGUCAACUUGAGAUGUUUUUCAAAAGUCAGGAUAAAAUUCAGUGGGGAAUGCCGGCCUAACAUUUCCCACCUAAAUAAAUGAAUAUUUUUCGCUUAA